CUACAUUUAAAUAAGAAAGAUUGAAAUGUACUUUACAUAACCAUUUCACUGCCUUUCUGAGGGCUGAGUAUACUUAAAGUGGAGAAUUUACUUCACACCACUGAACACACUGUAGCUAUCCCACUCAGGAAGGAGGGAAGAGCUUCUAAUUAACUUUCAGAAGAGUACAUUCCACUUGAAGCAGCACUUCAACUGUAUACAGAGCUAUUUAACAGUCAAGUGAGGAAAGAUGCCCUAGAGGGUCAUUCGUUGAGUAAUGUUAGUAUGCUUAGCCUGGGAAGGGUGCACAUGCUCUUUGGCAUUCCCAGGGAUACCUGAACUGUUGACUUUGGCACCAUUUUGCCACCCUGCUCUGCCAACCUAGGGCACGGUGGUGAAAAGAAACAGGAGUAACAUCUGUUAUGCUUACUAUCAUUCUGUGCACGUUCCCCUGUGGCUCUCAAGCGAUGUCAUUCCGAGUGCCGAUGGUGUUCUGCUUCCGUUUCCAGGAGCUUGUGCCCUGCUUGCUAUUCAUGCCAUGUUAUCUAUCUCACCGUUUCGAUGCUUCUCUGGGGGUAAGACUGGCACAUUUACUGACACCAAGAAAGAUAUGUCUCCGUGAUAGGUGACAGAACACUAUCGAUUUUGGAUGGACCCUUUUGUCUGCAAAUGAAAGGAGCCUAUCUGCUCCGGUUCGAGUCGGCCUGAUCUAGGCUAAUGUGCUCCUUUGUCUUUUACACACUUUUUAAUCAAUGCCUGGCUCCCCUAGAGAGCUCUUCACCCCAAAAUAUGCAGCCCGUAUGUAGGAAAUAAAGACAUUUUUAUAACAGCUUAAUUGGGUUAUUGUCAUCUGGGUUGGACUGACGGAUAAAAAAACAGCAGUUAUUUUCUCUACUUUUUAAAACAAAAAGGUCUUAAUUAAGGUUUUUAUUUGUCUGUUGGGUUUUUAUCCGUGCACAGUAGUAACAACUCCAUCCUGGGGCUGGCAGGGACUUUCUUACUUACACUGAAAAGAAAAUAAGGCUGGUAAUGAUCUCGGGUGACAGUGUGGUUGUAUGUUUGUCUAAUGCAGGUUAAGGGAAGGAUCUGUUCCGACAUUUGAAGCCGCCAGUCUGGGCUUAUUCUAUCUUAUAGUCUGUGAAUAGCAGCAGCCUUAAUCUGACCUAUACAUCACAGUCAAAACCCCUCAAAUUCAGCCACUCAAAGCAGAUCAGAAUAUGUCCUCGUGCUUUUCGGUCUGAACAUACAUCUUGCUAUAUGCAUUUCCUUGACACCCCUUUCCAGCCCAAAGCCUGUCCACCCACCUAGAGCUAAAAAUUCAUCAACAGAAUUUCAGAGAGAAUAUUCAGUUGCAAGCCUUUCUCCUCCAGUCAAGAGCCCUGCUAGACAUACAAGGAAGGGACAAUGGGCUAGAUCCUCAUCAUUGUGCUUUUCUAUGCCUUGCCUUACAGUGUUAAUGAUGUAUGUGUCCCUGGAGCAUAGCUUGUGUGUGCGAUAAUAAAUGUUUGGCAAAGGAAAACACUAGAGCCUUGACCCUUCCACUGGAGCAGCCACACCUCGCUUGUUUGGCUGUCGUCCACCAGGAAAAGAAAACACCUUGCCUCAUUCAGCCCGUCCCUGACAGAGAGAAUAUGCCGUUCCACCAUGUGACAGCAGGCCUGCUGUACAAGGGGAACUACCUGAGCCGCUCUCUGUCGGACAGGAGCGACACAGACCAGCUCGCCAACAUCUCUGUGGAGGAGCUUGACGAGAUUCGAGAGGCUUUUAAAGUGCUGGACCGCGAUGGGAACGGGUUCAUCUCCAAGCAGGAGCUGGGCAUGGCCAUGCGCUCGCUGGGUUACAUGCCCAGUGAAGUAGAGCUGGCCAUCAUCAUGCAGAGACUAGACAUGGACGGUGACGGCCAGGUGGAUUUUGAUGAGUUUAUGACAAUACUGGGCCCAAAGCUUCUGUCGUCCGAGACACGAGAGAGCUUCCUGGGACACACAAUAGACAGCAUAUUCUGGCAGUUUGACAUGCAGAGGAUAACGCUGGAGGAGCUGAAGCACAUCCUCUUCCACGCCUUCCGGGACCACCUCACAAUGAAGGACAUCGAGAACAUCAUCAUUAAUGAGGAGGAGAGCCUCAACGAGAACUCUGGGAACUGCCAGAUGGAGUUUGAGGGAAUCCACUCCAAGAAGAACAACAGGCAGACGUGCGUGCGCAAGAGCCUCAUCUGUGCCUUCGGCAUGGCCUUCAUCAUCAGCGUCAUGCUCAUCGCGGCCAAUCAGAUGCUGCGGAAUGGCAUGGAGUAGCACAUCACUGUGAAUGCGGGGCCCCAGCCUGCAUGUGCAUGCUCAGUGCGUUAUACAGGUCAUUUCUCUUUUUUUGCCAAAAAAAGAAGAAAAUAAAAAACAUCCGAAUAAAGAAAAAAAACCAAACACCUCACUGAUGAAGGGAUGAAAGAGAGAGAGAAAAUUAAAACAAGGAAACAUGUUUUUUUUUUAUCCAAGUGGUUGUUUUUUUCCAGUCAGGAGUUGUUUGUUUAUUUAUUUAUUUACUCUGGAGUGAGUGACAUACCAGUGUGGGUCAGACUAAAGCCAGCAGGGGGCGUGGUGUCUCCACGGAGUCCCGCACCUACCCCCCCAUCCCCCCUAUUCCCACCUCUCUGGCAGGGACAUUUAAGGGCUGUUCCCUCAAUGCAAUAAAGCACAGGAGCAAGGAACCAACCUCCUGUCUGCCACCACCACCACCGGCCGCCAUGUUCUGUACUCGAUGCUCGUCCAGCCUGCAGUGUGGUGCAGUUCAACAGUGGACUAAGCCAGCAGAGGGGAAUUGGCGACGUGUUCAGUGCUUUUGGAAUGAGAGAGCCACACACAAACACACUAUGAAGUUUGCAACAUCCCCUCCAGCUUUGCUAGUUUGUCUCUGUGCCAUUUUUAUUCCAUCUGGGAUCCUGACUUUUAGCGAGAGAUCUGGACACAGGCCUCUCUCUCUCUCUCUCUCUCUCUCUCUCUCUCUCUCUCUCUCUCUCUUUCUUUCUCUCUCUCUCUCUCUCUUUCUGUCUGCCAUAAACUCUUUUUUGUGUGGAAUUUUUUCUCCUUUUUUGAUGUUCUCUACUACCCAUCAGCAUCGGCGCGCAGCCCAUAAUUGAUCUUUUCGCGUGUGACGUGACGUACGAAUGAGGACAAUUCAGACAAGGACAUGGUGGUGGGAGUGAGAGCGUGGGCAGCGCUGGGCUGUGGGCGAGUGGAAGCGCGGAGCAGAGCAGCACAGAGCAGAGCAGAGCAGAGCAGAGCAAAGCAGAGCAGAGCUGCCUCUCGGCCCCGUGCUGUUUUCUUCCCGCUUCUCUCACUGCCUCCACACUGAGACUGACAUUUCAACAUCUCACUCUCUUAUGACGUCAUCCAGGAGUUGAACACUCAAGCCUUCUAUUUUUUUCAACGUCUUCUUAUUCUUCUUCGGUCGUCUGCUUCAGAUUCAUACAUCGUCUGGUGCAUCCCUCUACCACCACUCUCCUCCCCAUGCGAAGUACUGUGGGUGCUGUUUGCCUAGAGUAGUCUGGCUGUGUGUGACCUGCUAUGCCCACCUCACCUGUGUUCUGAGCACACGCACCAGCCUCUCCCAGCAGUGUUGAGGCCGGAUGAGCAUCUGUGGGUCUCCGCAACGUCCGAGUACCAGAGGUCGUGGUGCUGGUGUCCUGACUCGAGGGAUUAACUGAACUUGUCUCACAGUGUUAGAACGAAAGAGCCUGUGUGCUUCUCCUUUAAAACCAACGCCCCUUGGUAUCAAAGCCAGUCUUUUACUGUAUUGUGUCGGGGGGGGGGGGGUCAUUCCCUGAGCUCCUGUCCCCCAUCCCCUUCCUGUGUAAAAUUCUCACAACAAUACUUAGACCACCUUUAAUUGAGUGAGUGCUUAUAUCUAUUGCAUGCGAUCUCGUGAAAGUCUGUAUAUGUAUCCCCUCACAUAUAAUAUAUCCACGUCAGGGCAGAUGUAUGUCUGUGUGUCUGUGCAUGACUGUUGAUCACUCCAUACACUCUGCUCAGGCAGUGUCUCAGAGGUUUGGGUUGGGGGGUUGGUGGUAGGACAGAAGGCGCCACACAAAGAGUCCCGAGCUGCCAGUCCCACUGCCCCCCCCCCCCCCCCC